UACCGUCAACUGUCAAGUCGUCUCAUAAAUUCAUAUACAUAAAAUGGAAAAAAAGUAAAUUAAAUUAGGGGUUGAAGUUGAAGAAUGAAAAACUGUUCUUGAUAUAUAGAAGACAGAUUUCUCUUCUCAAUUCUCAUCAACCAACAAACGAAACUGGAUUCAUUGAAAAAAUUAUGGAAACCCAAAUUAAACAGCAGCCAAUCCUCGCCGUCGAUUCCUCCGACUCUCCGCCUCACUCCAAACGAAACAGUGGCGACCACAUUCUGCUCUCGCCGCCGCUGGGUUCGCCGGAAAACUCACCACCCGGCUCUCACAAACAGAACAGCGGAGGACACAUCUCACUCUCUCCGCCGGAGAAUUCACCUGCGCGUUCUUCACUUUCCUCCGAUCACACCGCCGUCAAUCACUCCCCGGAAAACAAGCCUCCGCCGCCGGCGGCGGUGGUGAGAAGAGAUGUGUUCAAGGGGCCCACGGAGAACGCGAUCGUAUUGCAGGAGCCUAUGGCUGUGGUGAACAUGGCUGUACUAGAGGAGGAGCAGCCGCCGUCGCCGCCGAAGGCGGCGGCGACGAAGACCGAUCCAGGUAUCGGAGUGGCGGAGGGCGGCGGCGGAAGUGGGAGGCGGAGGGUCAGACCUAGACCACCGCCGUCGAUAUUAAACAGAGGUAAAAGAGAGAAGAUGGUGAAGAAAGCUGCUCUGGGGUUCAGAGUAUUCGGGUUCUUGUUUUGCUUGCUCUCACUAUCAGUAAUGGCAGCUGACAGAAAUCAAGGCUGGGCAAUUGAUUCAUUCAAUCGUUACAAAGAAUUUCGGUACUGCAUUUCAGUGAAUGUAAUAGGAUUCUUGUACUCGGGAGCUCAAGCUUGCGAUUUAUCGUAUUAUUUAGCCACUGGAAAGUAUAUUGUGCAUCAACAACCGCAACUCCGGCACUACUUCGAUUUUGGAGUCGACCAGAUAAUUGCGUAUCUUCUGAUAUCGGCCUCUUCGUCAGCUACAAUACGGAUCGACGAUUGGCAAUUAAAUUGGGGAAAGGACAAGUUUCCAGAUAUGGCAACUGCUUCAGUAUCCAUGUCUUUCCUCGCGUUUGUCGCCUUGGCUGCUAAUUCUCUCAUUUCCGGAUAUUCUCUUUGCACAUCCAAAUCCAUCUAGUUUCGACUUUCUUACGAACACCAUUUGCUUCUUACAAGUUGCACCGCACCCCAGAAACUGUAAUGAAUUUGUCAUAUUUGUAUAUACAUAUACAGUAUGUUGAGAUUUUUGUCAGAAUAAUACCAGAGAAACGUGUAGGUACACUGGGUAAACCUACACUCUUGGGUAAACCUACACUCUUGUAUAAUAGCUUGCAAACUAUAUUAGAACUAAUAUAUAAACCAUCUUAUAAGGGAUGUGAUAAAUGUCGUUCGAGCUUUAAUAAUACGUUUCGACUUCAAACG